UGGAAUGUGUUGCUGUGAUUGGUCGCCGGGCUCCUGGCUAAACCCACUCGCUUUCAUCCAUAAAAGAAAGGCCAGUGAGCCUAUGGGAGCGCGCGGCUGUCUCCUCCUACGACAUGCACGAAAGUUGGCCACUUAAACUACUUCCAACCAGCCAGCAGACAUUAUACUGAACCCAAACUACACCAAGGGAAAAGAAUAACAUAGUGUGCGUUUCCCCCAACUCACAACCUUUUAAGUGGUCCAGAUUUCCCUGUUUAAAGGGAUUUUUAUUUCAUUUGUAGCCGCUGUUAUUUUAAAAAAUAUAUAUAUAUAAUUUUUGGCUCGUUCAUCGGACCAGAGGAGAGCAUCACUUUGUUUUUCCCCGGUGGAAGAAGGGCUCGUCCAGUUUCUCCGCCUGGGAUUGGGAUUUGACAGCAGACUGAGCAUCAUUUUGAGCGUUUUUUGAAGACAUUCGGUUUUUUAACUUGGACUGGAGUCCGUUUUCUUGUUUGUCGGUGGCUCAAAUGAUGGCUACUUUACCAGGAACUGUGCCUCGGAUGAUGCGCCCAGCACCAGGCCAGAACUACCCCCGAACCGGCUUCCCCCUGGAAGUAUCCACCCCUCUGGGCCAGGGGAGGGUGAACCAGCUUGGCGGUGUGUUCAUCAACGGGAGGCCCCUGCCAAAUCACAUCCGACACAAGAUAGUGGAGAUGGCCCACCACGGCAUCCGACCCUGCGUAAUCUCGCGACAACUGCGAGUUUCUCACGGUUGCGUCUCCAAGAUCCUCUGCCGAUACCAGGAGACCGGCUCGAUCCGUCCGGGAGCCAUAGGAGGCAGCAAGCCCAGGCAGGUGGCAACUCCUGACGUGGAGAAGCGCAUCGAGGAGUACAAGCGAGAAAACCCCGGCAUGUUCAGCUGGGAGAUCCGGGAUAAGCUGCUGAAGGACGGGGUGUGCGACAGAAGCACAGUUCCUUCAGGUGAGGCUUCAUCUGUGAGCUCCAUCAGCCGCGUUUUGAGGGCCCGAUUUGGCAAAAAAGAUGACGAGGAUGACUGUGAUAAGAAGGAUGAAGAUGGAGAAAAGAAAACAAAGCAUAGCAUCGAUGGCAUCCUCGGUGAUAAAUGUAACCGCACAGAUGAUGGUUCAGAUGUAGAUUCGGAGCCCGACUUGCCCCUGAAGAGGAAGCAGAGACGCAGUCGCACCACCUUCACAGCCGAGCAGCUGGAGGAGCUGGAGAAGGCUUUUGAAAGGACACAUUACCCCGACAUCUACACCAGAGAGGAGCUAGCUCAGAGGACAAAACUCACAGAGGCCAGAGUACAGGUGUGGUUUAGCAACAGGCGAGCUCGGUGGCGUAAACAGGCUGGGGCCAAUCAGCUCGCAGCCUUCAACCACCUGCUUCCUGGAGGAUUCCCGCCUACGGGGAUGCCAACUUUACCCACAUACCAGCUUCCAGAGUCCAGCUACCCCGGCACCACGCUAUCGCAGGAGGGCAGCAGUACAUUGCACAGACCCCAGCCCCUGCCUCCGUCCUCCAUGCACCAGGGAGGCCUGACUGCUGACAGCAGCUCUGCUUACGGCCUUUCGUCCAAUCGGCACGGCUUCUCCAGCUACUCCGAUACCUUCAUGAGCCCCUCAGCAUCCAGCAACCACAUGAACUCUGUCGGCAACGGGCUCUCCCCACAGGUGAUGAGUAUCCUGAGUAACCCCAGCGCCGUACCCUCCCAGCCCCAGCACGACUUUUCCAUUUCCCCCCUGCACAGCAGCCUGGAGAGCUCCAACCCCAUCUCAGCCAGCUGCAGCCAGCGCUCUGACACCAUCAAGGACAGCCUGGCUUCCUCCCAGUCAUACUGCCCCCCCACCUACAGCGCCACCAGCUACAGCGUGGACCCCGUCACCGCAGGCUACCAGUACAGCCAGUACGGCCAGACUGCUGUGGAUUACCUGGCUAAGAACGUGAGCUUGUCCACCCAGAGGAGGAUGAAGCUCGGAGACCACUCGGCCGUGCUGGGACUGCUGCAGGUGGAGACGGGACAGGCCUACUAAAGCCCGCCCCCCCGGCCCACACACACGCCCGGGGAUGCAUCGUGCACCACUAUCCUCUGCCCUCUGCCACCCUCCUCCAUGCUCCAUCAAGUCUGGACUCCAACUCCAGCUCGCCUCUCUGCUGCUCGCUCUGCAGCCCGGCCCAUGACAUCAGCGCACAGACACGCAGCCUCGCUGUGCAGCAGAGAAAGUGACGCUCGCGGGUGUGACGAGGCUCUUCGGGGAAUGGGACAAAACUUUUCACGCCAUUGUCAACCACCAGGCGGCUCUGCACCCUCUCUUCUCAAUCUCUGGGCGUCUCUGCCUGCCCCCCUACGCUCCAUCCCCAGCCCCAAAACCUGAUUUAGUUUUGCUUAGAAGGGCCAGACGGGACCCCAGAACAGCCGAGGAUGGUCGGCCGCCUUGGCCCUGGUUCCUGUUUGUCAUGGCUGCAGUCCAGCACACAUUUUAGAGCCAUCAAAAACAUGUACUUUGACCUUGCUGUUCAUAGUAGUUAACAAAGCCAAUAUCAUUUGAGCGACUCUUAUUCUUGUUCCUUUUUGAUAUUGUUAAGAUUAUUGUUGCUGUUAUAUGAUUAUGGUUAAUGUGAUUUAUGUUGUUCUUUGAUUCCAUUCGUAUCUCUUUUCUCUGUUAGAUGUUGGUGUGUAAAAACACAGUGUGGAUGACUGAGACCAUUUGGGAGCGAGUGUCUGUUGCGUGUGCAUGUUUCUGCGUGUCGGCACAGUCACACAAAGAGAGGAUGAUUGUUUUCCAAGCUGCUGUUCCUCUGCCUGUUCCCCGAGCUCUAAUGUUCGUGAGCGAUUUGACCUUCCCACUUUCAUAUUCAUCUUGACAUUCCUAAAGAACUUGGCCACUCUGUGGGAAGUCUGGCUGGAUGGAUUCUGCAGGGAAUUAAAGCAGCGUUUUGGCGGCCAAUAGCUUUCCCCUUCUAACCUCCAUCCCAUCCUUAGCCGCGGUCCAUGGGGAGGGGGGCAUUGUUUGCAAAAACAGGAUUGGGGAAAUUAAUGUAUUUUGUUUAGAAAUAUGGACCUUGCCAAGGAGGGCUAACUCAAUCCCCCCUCCCUCUACUCCUCCCAAAUCCCAUCUAGCAGGAAACCCUAUGUGACUUUAACAGUGUAAAGCAGAUUAAAUCACAAACACAAAAAUAAUGUCAAAGCUAAUUCACAGUGACCCUUCCCAUUAGUAGCCAGUAUUUCUGUUUUUAGCUGUAAUUAGCUCAUUUUGUAAAUGCACCUUUAGCUGGUUUCCACUCUCAGACUAAACAAGCAUUCCUUCGAAAACAUUCCUCCAGGCUCCAUCUACGAACAAACUACAAGCAUUCCGACGCUUUCUGUUAUGAGAUUAAAAAGUACACAAGCUGUGCCAUUCACAUGCACUCUGGAAAAUCGCAUAAUCCAGUCAGAUGUGAAAGGGCACAGGUAACACCACUGAUUGGCCCCCCUCUCCGGUUUGGACCGGAGCCUCCCUCUAAUCCUCCGCUUUCACUAAAAUGUACAAAAAAAAGAAGAAAAAUUUUAAAGAAUAGUGGAUAUGAGACAUUUGUGUAGCACUCAUAGUUGACUUUUUGAUCCAGGACCAGCUGUUCUCCUUGAGAUGUGUGUGAUAUUUUCUUCUCAAGACAGGAUUUGGUCCUCAGUCGCCUUUAAAAGCUGAAACCUGUACAGUAGCUGGAGCAGAUUGUGUAUUGUUUGUUUAUAAAGAGUAUGUUUUAUACUAAAACAAAACUAUGUUGAGUGGUAGGUAAGCAAGGGAUCUGUGGAAGUAAAUGUUUGAUUUGAGUUUCCUUAACUGGCUUGUUUUUUUUUCUUUUUUCUUUUCGUUUUUGGUUUUGUUUUAAUUGUAUUUAAUUGGUUUACCUGUUCUGACCAAAAGUUUUGUUCCUGUUUCGGGGCCCAGGUAAGAAUGAAUUUGUAUAAAUUAGUAAAAAAAUAUAAAUUCCAUUAAAAAUGUUCAGAUUAAAGUUGUAUAAAAGAGGAUCAAACUGAACUCGAUGGAAGAUGAAAGCUGACACAUAGACUCCCUGGACCACAGGACCGCUGUAUAUUUGAAACGUGGCUGGAUGAAACGCCUUCAUGUGUCGGAGCAUUUUGACCCCCCUGAACUCACAGACUGAAUAUUAGUGCAGACCAGACUUGACUGGACCAUGGACCUAACACACCCGAACCCUCCGGUGUGGGACUUUACCAACGGUUCAGCACGACGAAGCUGGUGAACGCAGCAGCCUCUCCGCUCUGGGAAACUGAAUCGAGUCACUUGUGGACCAAUAAGACUUCAGGAGAAGAAGUCCAAGUAACGCUGACUCCGCACUGAAUCGCAGCAGCUCCAACUGCUCCGCUUAGACGCCUCACUCAUGUGUAUAUUUUAAAAAGGAAGAAUUUUAGAAUCGUCUUUAGUGUAUCAAACCCAUUUCUAACACUUGCGUCAAUAAACAUUUGGAUAUUUAAAGCAUACAACUCCUUAUCCCCCCUCCCGUCUGUUUGACCCUUAACCUGUUUAGUUGCUUUCUGACAUCUGUGCUUUGCUUUACUCCUUCUUCUGUUCCGCAUGUGUGUAUAUUAUCAUGGUAUAAUUUAUUCUGCUGUAUGAAGUAUUAGAGUAGUGGGAAACUUGUACUGGUAUUUACUACCUUCAGCCUGUUGGUGUGUUUACUGUAACACUGGCGUAACUGUUAUCAAUUAAAGAUCCAAAA